CUAAAAGUACCUACCUAAUGUUUUUGUAAGUAUAUAUCAAUAAGUGCUAAAAGGUAUCUAUUAUAUAAUUGAAAAUGUGUACAAAAUAUAAAGGUUGUCUAAAUAUUUAAUUGGGCUUUCAGCACUUAAAAUGUAAUACGGCAGUCCAUUUUCAGCAGGUGGCGCUAAAUUAUAAAAAAAAUUGACUUGUUAAAACUAAUGAACGUGUCACAAACUGCAUCCUGAGAAUACCGAUUGCCGAUGCAAACGAUUUUUAAUGAAGGAAUUCUCGUAUAUACGAUUAAAAACGUCCUUUUUUCCAGAAUAUAUUUAUUUAGAACAUAUACUGUAUGUUACGCUAUCAUCUAUUUUGUUAAACUGUAAGGUAUUUGCAUGGAAUUUUAUUAAAUCUAAAAAUCCUUAUCUUUUCGUGAAAUUAUAUGGGCAAAUAAAGAAAUAAUGCUAAAACUAAGUUGGAUGAAAAUAUAUCUUUCUGGCUUACAAACUCUGCCUUGUGUAUGUAUAUCUGCUGUCUCUUUACAAAUAUCGUGUGUGUUUGUACAUCAUAUUACAGCCAUUAGCAGCGUAAAUCAAAACUGAUCACCAAAAAUCUCCCCAUGCUGUGUACUGUACGAUGCCCUCGGUUGGCAGCAACUGCAGCGAUCCAAACCUAUGUUGCUGCGAUCCUCUUGCCAGACUCUCAAAUUCAAUCACUAAGAGCGACGUAGCACGCACUGGUGUUUGUAAUCAAGUAAAUCCGUCCUAACUAACCAACACUGCGUACGGCAGCAAAGCCCCCACUGCUACUUGAGCUGCCCAUGCGACGCUGCAAGUUGCUUUGGCAGACUUACAGGCUGGCUGCUCUUCACUGCUCAUGCGAUAGCCACUGUAUCUUGCUCGCUGUCACUCCUGAUAACGGCCGUUGGGUCGAUUAAGCCGCUUGCUGCCCGACGAGUGCCGUCUGCCUUCCACGAAGUCUUCGAGUGGCUAACCACCACUAGCUGUCCUCUAUACACAGAGCUGUCCAGAGCAUUUUUUGGUAUAAGUGAGCGUGGAGUAUAUAUAUCCCCACGCUCACUUAUGCCGAAGAAUGCAGGAUCAUAAGGACGAAGAUGAACUGGUGCGGUGUGGUGAUAAGUGGCCAAUCCUGACCUGCCAUUAUCUGCUUCUGCCACUUCCAAUUCGCCGUUUCUUGACCAGGCUACCUAUGACAGUCGCCAACUGCCCGCGGCUCGACCACGGUCAGCAACUACUGCCCGCGGCUCGACUACCGUCAGCAGCUACUGCCCACGGCUCGACUACCGUCAGCAGCUACUGCCCGCGGCUCGACCACCGUCAGCAGCUACUGCCCGCGGCUCGACCACCGUCAGCAGCUACUGCCCGCGGCUCGACCACCGUCAGCGCCUACUGCUCGCGGCUCGUGUCCGCCGGCUGCUACUGCUCGCGGCCGAACCACUGCCGGUAG